AUGUCUCAAGAGCCCGAGGACGUGAAACCUAAAAUCAAUCUCAAAGUCGUCUAUGAUGGCGAGGAGGUGCAAAUCAAAGUCAAGCCAAAUACCAAGUUUGCGAAGAUCUUCGCUGCUGCUGAGCAACGAUUUGGCAAGGAAUCUGGGACAUUCAAGUUUGUUUAUGAGGGUAAGCGAAUCGGAAAAGAGGAUACACCUGGCGACCUCGACAUUGAAGAUGGCGAUCAAAUCGACUGCUUCCUAGAACAAUUAGGUGGUUGGCAGUAG